UGUAACAAACCUUUUUAAUCUUUUUUAUAAAUUUUUGAUUGUAGUUACAUUGCAACUGAUAUCAACUAAAUUAAGGGAUAAUUAUGAUAAAAAACUACAUAUAUACAAUGGUUUAAUGGAUUAAAUUGUCUGCACUUUCACAAUGAAACUCCUAGUAGUGGUUGCCGCUUUCAUCGCAUUAUGCGCUGGUAGUGCUAUUCCUCUUAUCCCAGGGGAUAACAGCCACUACGUGGAAGGAGAGAGUCGCUAUAUCUGGAUACCGGACGGUGACGAUGUGCCUCAACUGGUCGAUCUUCAAGAACCUGCUGAUCAGGCAUUGCUGAUGUCCAGGAACGGAGCCAAUAAUCAAUAUUGGCUUUUCACGAGGCAAAAUCCAACUUCUCGGCAAGAGCUGGUCAAUGGCAAUAUAAAUUCGAUUAGAAACUCGAACUACAGAGGUAAUCGGCCAACUAAAGUCAUUGUUCACGGCUGGAACAGCAAUGGCUACUCAAAUAUUAAUCCUAUGAUCAGAGAUGCAUUCCUCGCUGUGGAAGAUUGCAAUGUAAUUGUUGUUGAUUGGCGUGCUCUUGCUAACUCCAAUUACGCCAGCGCUGUAAUCGGCGUACCUAGUGUGGGUCAAUUCCUUGGGAAUUUCUUGGUUUGGCUAUUUAAUAAUGCUGGUGGCAAUUGGAAUCAGCUGCACUUGGUUGGCUUCAGUUUGGGCGCUCACAUAGUUGGUAAUGCUGGUCGUCAGGCUGGUGGUCGUCCAGCCAGAAUCACAGGUUUGGAUCCUGCUGGUCCUCUAUGGGGUAAUAAUGGCCAAGCCCUAAAUUCCAAUUCUGGAGUAUACGUAGAGGCUAUCCAUACUGAUGGUGGUUUGCUCGGAAUUUUCGAUCGUGUCGCCAACGCUGACUUCUACCCCAACGGUGGCAGAAAUCCACAGCCCGGUUGUUUUAUAAGCACUUGCUCGCACAGUCGUGCAUAUCAAUUAUUUGCUGCCUCAAUACGUUACAACCGCAUGGGUGCACGACAGUGCUCUAACAAACAACAGGUUCAAAACAACCAAUGCUCUGGUUCAGCAUUAAAUAUGGGCAAUCAUAUUCUCUCAAAGCGAGGAAAUGGUAUCUUCAGAGUAAACACUGGUUCAUCGUGGCCGUUUUAAAAUACGACCGUGAAAAAGUUAUAAAUUCCAUGAUAUUUUGUCACUUCAUAAAAUAAAUUUUACAAAAUAAAAAAGUAUUUUUUUAUUUAGUACCCUUACAUUACCCACACGUCGUACACGUCACA